AUGGAGACUGUAAAUGAAACAGAAGCAGGUCAAGUGAGCAAAGAUGCAGUCCUUGCAGAGCAGGAGAAAAAUAACAAACAUUGCCUUCAGGAUAUUGAUGAUAAGUUGUCUGAAUCAACGGACGAUGAUGGUGAAGAUGAUACCAAUGAUGAAGAUAAUGAUGAAGACAGUAACCCUAAUAAGGAUACUCAUGCCCCAUUAGAAUUAAUGGCAGAAUUCCUGAGAGCAGAAAUGGGCCAAGACUACCAUUUGGCAAAAAAAUUAUGUCAGAUGAUCCUAAUCUAUGAACCAGAAAAUCCUGAGGCCAAGGAGUUUUUCUCACUUAUUGAAGAAAUGCUGCUGAUGGAAAAAUCCCAAAAUCUUGAGGAAGAUGAUGAAGAUAGUGAAGAAGAUAGUAGCGGUGAGAGUGAAGGAGAAAGCAGUGAGGAGCUAAGUGAAGAAAGCUCUGAUGAAUGUGAAGACGAGUGA